AUGGCUGAGCAACCGUCCACAGCAGAGACAUCCGUCGAUUCCGUGCCGCCCGUUGAACUUUAUCCAAACCCAGAUGGCUCAUUCACUCGAAUCGAACCAUUUCCAAAGCUUCCUGCAACGCCGGAAAACACCACCGGUGACGAUUCAAAGUCAACCCAAAUCGCUCUCUCCAAAGACAUCCCUCUGAACCCAACAACCAACACCUCCAUUCGCAUCUUCAAACCUUGCAAUCUUCCUCCAAACUCGAAGCUCCCCAUCAUUAUCUACUUCCAUGGAGGUGGGUUCAUAAUCUUCAGUGUCAGUACUAAACCCUUUCACGAAUCAUGCAACGCCAUGGCAGCUCAGUUCCCAGCUCUGAUCGUCUCCGUCGAGUACCGUCUUGCGCCGGAACACCAUCUUCCGGCGGCGUACGAUGACGCCGUCGAAGCUAUCACGUGGGUCCGAGACCAGGCAUUGGGAAUCAACGGUUGCGAUCCGUGGCUGAAAGAUUUGGCCGAUUUUUCUAGGGUUUUCUUGAUGGGUAGUAGCGCAGGAUCUAAUAUAGUCUACUACGCAGCUCUGCGUGUGCUCGAUAUUGAUCUUACGCCGGUGAAAAUCAAAGGGUUGAUUAUGAACCAACCGUUCUUUGGUGGGGUGAAGAGGACUGAAUCGGAGACAAGACUUUCCGAUGAUAAGAUCAUACCUCUCUCUCUGAAUGAUCUGAUGUGGUCCUUAUCGUUGCCGGAGAAUUCUGAUCGUGAUCAUGAGCUCUCUCUCUCCUCUCCUCUCCAAUCAACCAUGGCUGAGCAACCGUCCACAGCAGAGACAUCCGUCGAUUCCGUGCCGCCCGUUGAACUUUAUCCAAACCCAGAUGGCUCAUUCACUCGAAUCGAACCAUUUCCAAAGCUUCCUGCAACGCCGGAAGACACCACCGGUGACGAUUCAAAGUCAACCCAAAUCGCUCUCUCCAAAGACAUCCCUCUGAACCCAACAACCAACACCUCCAUUCGCAUCUUCAAACCUUGCAAUCUUCCUCCAAACUCGAAGCUCCCCAUCAUUAUCUACUUCCAUGGAGGUGGGUUCAUAAUCUUCAGUGUCAGUACUAAACCCUUUCACGAAUCAUGCAACGCCAUGGCAGCUCAGUUCCCAGCUCUGAUCGUCUCCGUCGAGUACCGUCUUGCGCCGGAACACCAUCUUCCGGCGGCGUACGAUGACGCCGUCGAAGCUAUCACGUGGGUCCGAGACCAGGCAUUGGGAAUCAACGGUUGCGAUCCGUGGCUGAAAGAUUUGGCCGAUUUUUCUAGGGUUUUCUUGAUGGGUAGUAGCGCAGGAUCUAAUAUAGUCUACUACGCAGCUCUGCGUGUGCUCGAUAUUGAUCUUACGCCGGUGAAAAUCAAAGGGUUGAUUAUGAACCAACCGUUCUUUGGUGGGGUGAAGAGGACUGAAUCGGAGACAAGACUUUCCGAUGAUAAGAUCAUACCUCUCUCUCUGAAUGAUCUGAUGUGGUCCUUAUCGUUGCCGGAGAAUUCUGAUCGUGAUCAUGAGUAUUGUAACCCAUCAAUCGCCGGCGAGUCUCAGAGGGAGAAGGUCGGAAAAUUAUGCCGGAGCUUGGUCAAAGGUUAUGGUGGGGACCCACUUCUUGAUAGACAGAGAGAGUUCGUGAAGUUGUUGGAGUCAUCUGGUGUGCACGUGGUGACCCGGUUUGAUGAUGGAGGCCACCAUGGUGUAGAGGUCUUUAAUCCCAAAAAGGCCCAAGAUUUGCAUGAUGAAGUGAAGCAAUUCAUUGAAUCAACUUAA